GUUCAUUUCUUUUCUCCUCAUCAGUUAAUGGAGUUAGCUCCUCAUAUUCCUAUUGAGAGAUGUCGUUUAGUUGAAUAUAAUAUUAAAGAUAAAGUAAUGGAUCAGUCCUUUGAUCUUGAUGAGUUUCAGCAUCAAACUAUUGGACAAAUUGCAGGGGGAGCUAGAGUUCAUUCUUCUUUUAAAUUAUUCUUAGAAACUUGCAAAGAAAAUGAAACUUUUAAGAAAUAUAGUCAUGGAGGUAUUAAUCUAGAGGUAUCAGUGGUUGAUCUGUCAACUGGUGAAGUAGGACCAGUUAAACCAGUGAGAGGUGAAGAAGGUUGGACUGUUGGAGAAUUAAAACAACAUAUAGGAGAAUUAUUUAAUAUCAGUUCAUCAUGUAUGAGAAUAGUACUGAAUGAGAAGGAUUACCAAGGUGAUUUGACCCAGGAUAUUAGUCAUGUAAGAAGUACUUUAAAGACUAUACUGUCUAGAGGAUAUAGACAGUAUGAAAAGGUACUAUUAAUGAGAUUACGUGACAAGAAUGGAGUGUCCCCUGGUACAGUAUAUCCUGAUCAUGAGAGGAUUGUUGAUGCCAGGACUGAUGAUGCUAGGUUUCAUCUUGCUAGGAUUUAUGAUAUUGGUAGUACUACACGUAGGAUUGAUGAUACUUAUAAUAAGGAAAUACAUGUAUACGUGGAACCAUUGAAAGGACCAGAGAAGAAGAAGGACAUAGUAGAGAGACAGCUGUCAAAGUUAAGUGGAGUUCCCGCUGAGUAUAUCUAUUAUUCAGAGGGACUAUCAUUUCCAGUUGAGAUAUCAUGUCUUGAUAUUGAGAAAAAGCUGAACUGGUAUUCCAUCACUUCAGACAGAUACCCAUUAAGACUAUAUGAUGGAUAUGUCCUAUAUUACAAGUACUAA